AUGCAUUACCACCUUCUCCUACCCCUUUUCGGAAUUUUGGUAAGGGCCGCGGAAUUCAAACUUAACAAUACUUAUGAAUACAUCGUCAUUGGAUCUGGUCCAGGUGGAGGACCACUUGCAGCGAACCUUGCCAAGGCCGGCCAUUCCGUUCUGCUCAUCGAAGCUGGAGACGAUCAAUGGAAUAACUCCAAUUCGGCAACAGUCUGGAACAACACACUUGCUAUAAAUGAUCCUCUAACUCGUUGGGACUUCUUCGUUAGUCGAGACGAGCCCCAAUUUGACGAAAGAUUUGAGUUUACCACCUGGAGACAGGCAAAUGGGGAAUAUUAUGUUGGACUGGAUCCGCCAGCCGGUGCCGAACGCCUUGGGGUCUACUACCCAAGAGCAGGAACUCUUGGAGGUUGCACGAUGCACAACGCUGCGUCAAUUUCUCUUCCAGCCGACGUCGACUGGCAAGACAUUGUCAAUAUCACCGGGGACGACUCGUGGAGUACAGCGAACAUGCGCCAAUAUCUUGUGAGGCUGGAAAGAUGUCACUAUCUCGUCAAUGGGAGCACUCCUACCCAUGGGUUUACUGGCUACAUCGAUACAUCGCUGGGUGAUGUAUCUUGGGCCUACAACACAACACCUGCAGCAGAACUGGCCCUUAGACACCAGAACGCAGUCGCGGGUGAAGGUGUCUGGAAUUUGACGCAUCUUGUAACCAGAGAUAUCAAUGGGGACUCCCCAGACAGGGAUGAUACUGUCGGAGUUUUCGGGCCUUUCACCCAUUCAGACCAUGGAGUUCGGUCCAGCCCGAACAAUUACAUCCGCCAAACACUGGCUGACGCAAGGCGCUUCCCACUAUAUAUCCAGCUAAACACUCUGGCGACUAGAAUAUUGUUUUCCAAAGCUGAGGGGAAGGGAGCAAAGGUCUCGAGACCUAAAGCCAUCGGAGUUGAGUUUCUCGAAGGCAAAAGCAUGUAUUCUGCUGAUCCAAGGUACGACCCUAAUAUACAAGGCGUUGCUGGCAAAGCAUUUGCCUCCAGGGAAGUGAUCGUCUCUGGUGGCGUAUACAACACUCCGCAGCUUCUCAAAUUGAGUGGCAUUGGGCCCGAAGACGAGCUCAAUAAAUUCGACAUUCCUAUCGUUAAGGAUCUUCCCGGUGUGGGGAUAAACAUGCACGACAACUACGAGACAACUAUCUACGGAACCUUCGCCAACACUGUGUACGGCUUCUAUGAUAUCUUCGCGAAAACCUCGAAAGCGCUAAGGACCAGAGAUAUACACUUCUACUGCGGCGCGAUGCAAUUUAUUGGAUUCUGGCCUGGUAUGCCUGGGUGGAACCCUAACGAGUUCACAUGUGGUUUCAUGCAACUUCACCCAAGGAACAUUAAUGGUUCGGUAACUCUGAAGUCCGCCAAUCCUCGGGAUAUGCCAAAUAUCCACUUAGGCUUCUUCUCGCAAGGAGACGACGAUGAUCUCGCAUCGAUGGUAGAAGCCAUCAACACUGUUCGCCCUGCGCUUCAAGAACUUUCCAACAACACUUUCACCGAGUUGCGACCAUGUGCCGCUGGCACUCUUUGCUCCGACGACGCUCAGGCUAGAUUCCACCGCACAAACGUCUAUUCACACCACGUCACUGGUACCUGUGCGAUUGGCUCAGAUGAUGACCCGCUAGCAGUUCUAGACUCCAAGUUCCGUGUUCGUGGAGUCGAUAGCCUUCGUGUUGUUGAUGGUUCUAUUUUCCCAGUACAGCCGGGAGAGUUACCUAGUCUGCCGACAUUUAUGAUUGGGGAAAAGGCUUUGGAUGAUAUAGUAGCUGAUUUAUAA